AUGCUAGCAAGUGGCCACCGUGCUUCUGCUAAUGCUAUCGCUCUGAAGGCGUGGCAUAAGAAGGGGUGCCACAAGUUCACAGCCGUCAAACUUGAAAUUGCUUUAAAACACUUGCUUUGGGAAAGUUGCAUCCUCGAUGAGACCUCUACCUGGAUGGGAAACAUCCUUCUUGAUGAUCUACCGGGAAUCGCUAGAUCCCGUUUGAUUCUUGUUGUUUAA